AUGCUUUGACUGUAAGCGAAAAGAUACGGUACAUUUUUGUGCGGUGGUUUUAACAAGCUGUCCAUGAUCUCAAUCAGCGUGAACUCGACCCUACAGCGAUUUCCUGACUCGGAAAGGGGGCGGGGCUACAUGCGUUAACGUGAGAACUGUAGGGAAAAAAAUCCUCGGACCUCCAGCUGCCUUGAACCCUUAGGAAGUGUGUGAUAUUACAGUAUAUAUCUGAGUUAUUGCCGCAGGUGGGAAUAAAAUGAAGAAGUCGUCUUCAGGCCCACCAGCUCGGUCCAGCAGUGGCAGGCUGAGGAGACUAGAGAAAGGAGAUUCUACUGGGGCCACUGGGUCUGCUCUUAAACGGUCGUUCGAAGUCGAGGAGGUCGAUUCGCCCACAAAUCCUUCGCCGCUUUCACGCCGAAAUGUCAAUCCCUUUCGCUCUUCAGCAACGAGUCGAUUUCAUGAACUGGGAUCUCGCAACUCCGAAAAUUCCUCCAGACAUGGCUCGGAAUCCUCAUCCAGCGGUCAGCGCUCUCCCAAGAGCGGCAGGGGGCGCAUAGAUCUUUCACGCCGCACCGAAAUCUCCAUCGACAUCUCCUCCAAACAGGUGGACAGCUUGCCCAGCCCUGGCGUUAACCGCUACGGUCUGAGGCGGCCGGAGGUCUCACUUCAUAACAGAAUCCCAGAGCCGGGCUCUCCCAGGAGGGCAGAGAUCACCCUUUCCAGAGCGCAGGAACCCUUAGCUGCCUACCGUAGAGCUGAUGUGCCUUCCUCAGCCGCACGAAUUCCUGAACCUGUUCAGAGGAAGGCCGAGUCUCCAAGCACAGCGGACAGUUCAUCACUGCUAAGCAGACGGUCCGAGCCACUGGUUAACAGGCAGACGGAGACUCCAUCUCCAUCCAGAGAGUCAGAGAACAGUCUCUCUAUAGAGGCCAGCAUGACCCCCAGCUUCACUGAAUAUAAAACCCUACCAUCAGCUCAGGAGAAUUCCAACCGGGCUUCAGACAGGUCAGAGGUCAUUUCCAGCCACAGUUACAAUAGCAGCAACAGCAGUAUGGCAGAGCCGGUGAUCUCUGAAAUGCCCCCGGCCGCAUGCCCAGAGAGGCCAAGUGUGGACUUCAGCUAUGUGGGGAUCGAUGCCAUCUUAGAACAGAUGAGGAGGAAGGCCAUGAAGCAGGGCUUCGAACUUAACAUCAUGGUAGUGGGUCAAAGUGGUUUGGGGAAGUCCACACUGAUGAACACCCUCUUCAAGUCUAAAGUCAGCCGAAAGUCGGUCAUGGGAACGGCUGAGGAACGCAUACCUAAGACUAUUGAGAUCAAGUCCAUCAGCCAUGAUAUUGAAGAGAAAGGCGUAAGGAUGAAGCUGACCGUCAUAGACACACCAGGCUUUGGGGAUCAGAUCAACAAUGAGAAUUGCUGGCAGCCCAUAAUGAAGUUCAUUAAUGAGCAGUAUGAGCAAUACCUUCAGGAGGAGAUCAACAUUAACAGGAAGAAGCGAAUCCCUGACUCACGAGUUCACUGCUGCAUAUAUUUUAUCCCACCCACAGGACAUUGUCUGAGGCCUUUGGACGUGGAGUUUAUGAGACGUCUGAGUAAAGUGGUGAACAUCGUCCCGGUUAUUGCCAAGGCUGACACCUUGACUCUAGAAGAGAGGGACUUCUUCAAGAAAAAGAUCAGGGAAGAACUGAGGGCCAACAACAUUGACGUCUACCCACAGAAGGAGUUCGACGAGGAUACAGAGGACAGACUGAUCAACGAGAAAAUAAGAGAGAUGAUUCCAUUUGCAGUGGUGGGGAGCGACCAAGAGUACCAGGUCAAUGGGAGGAGACUCUUAGGAAGGAAAACCAAAUGGGGAACCAUAGAAGUUGAGAACAUCGCUCACUGUGAGUUUGCCUACCUGCGGGACCUUCUUAUCAGAACCCACAUGCAGAACAUUAAGGACAUCACCAGCAGCAUUCACUACGAAAUGUACCGUGUGCGUCGCCUUAACGAGAACAACAUGCAGGCCAAUGGGCUUUCUGAGCACCACCCAGCCUCACACGAAAUCUAGUGCCUUUACCCCACCCCUUUCUCCCUCUAUUAUCCCUCUCUCCACUUCUCCACCCUGCACUCCACCUGCCGCCUCAUUCCAAUCUAUGCUUUUUUUUUUUUUUUUUUUUUUUUUGCUGCCAGAGCCAGCAUGAAAUCGAGUCAAUUAGUUCCCCUGAGAAGGGCAUGUUAUUAUAACAUCAUUCCCCACAAAGUACAGCACACAUCCCAUACCUUCUCUUACUCACAGAAUUGAGACUGUAGAAGUCUCACACACACACACACACAUUUCAGUGCUUUCUCCCUGAAUGCAUCCACAUGCCCCAUGUUUUCGGGGUUAAACCACAGCUUGAGUUCAUGUGAGUCAGCGGACUUGUAAUAUAUAUAUAUAUAUAUAUAUAUAUAUAUAUAUAUAUAUAUAUAUAUAUAUAUAUAUAUAUAUAUACACUUCUUGCUUUUGAUAUUACAAUCAGCGCUUCAUAUAAACCUCCUCUUUUUAUUCUUAUUGAGUUUUUGUUUUGUUUUUUAUUUUAUUUUGCUGUGCUGCUUUGUCAAAAAUGUGAAAGUCCAAGCUCUGUGGACUUCAGUCAUUCAGAAGCCCACCUGCUUUAUUGCACUUAAUGGUGGAACAGGUCCAAAUUCAGAUGGAUAUGCAUGUGUCUUCUUUUUUCUUUUUUUUUCUUUUUUUUUGCAUGAGUGAGUGACCACUUUAUUAGUAAUCUUAUCAGAAAUAAUGAGUAAAAGCCAGUAUUUCCCGUCAGUAAUGAUAGUAGUGUUAAAUAUUAUUCGUAUAAAUCCAAAACUUGGGUGUAUGUCGUUGCAACAGCUUAAAGUAACAGGGUAAUAUAUACAUCAGUGUGUAUGAAAAUAAAGCAUAGUAUUCAGGUUAUAUUAUUAUAUUAUCCGGUUAUUUUAUGUUAUUAUUUGUGAAAUCAGUCUUCAGACUACAGAUUACAAACACACACAGAACAUUGACAGGAUUAUCUCAUUGACAGGAACUCAUACAGGUUGGUGGUAUAGUGAACGCUGAUAUAAUGUCUAAGGGGAAAUAUUGCUUUUUAUUCAUUAUGACAUGUUUCUGUUUAAUAAAGAGGUCACAAGGUCCAGCUGAAAGAUCCUAUAAGCAUUUUUAGACCCUAUUUUUUGUGCUGGAUGACUGAACGUAUUCUGCUACGGCAAGUUCAACAACUGCUCGUUUCACCAGGACUUUGGACGCUGUCCGGUGCUGCAGUUAAGAUUAGAGACAGCUUCCUGUUGCGUUAUGUAUUAUAUCCCUCACUGUAUCGUCAGUGACUUUCAAAUUCCAGUGUGUUUUACUGUGCCUUAUUAUAUCUGCUUUUUUCCUUUUCAUGUUUUAAAGAAGUCAUGACUGAAGCAUCUUUGCAGUCCGAACAGAAGUCGUUGCCCCCCCCAAAUCUCUCUCUCUCUCUCACACACACACACACACACACACACACACACACACACACACACACACACACACACAACACACAUUGUACGGCUUUACAGGUGUCUCCAAACCUUUAAACUGCUUUAACUUGGAGAAAAACGUCAGCCUUGUCGUUCUGUGAUGUAUUUUCAUAGUCAUUUUGUUUGUUUCUACUGAUAUUAAGAGUAUCUUUGAUAUCUGCUAUUUUAAAGAAAUAAAGAUGGAAAUUUUAA